GUGGGAGGCUUUGUCAUGAUAAUCAGGAGAAUUAAAUCGCCCACAAUUUAAAUAUCGACGGGCUGUUUGGUGGGAAACGAGCGUUUGAGAAAGGAGCUUCAUACUCCACUGCGGACAAAAAUGAAGUGCUUAGUAUUCCUCGCUUCUUUGAUUAUUCUCUCUGCAGCAGAGGACCCAAUAGUAAACGCCCCGGAUGUUGGCCAGCCAGGUAAGUGAACUAAGACAAUUCCAUAGAAUGAACAGUGAAAUAUGGAGGUUUUGCCCGAGGAUAGUGGAGCGACUAAGACUCGAAGCAGCAACGUAUAUGGAAACUAACCACAGAGAAGUUUUAAAUGAAGGCAUCGUAGUUUCAGGAUCAAAAAUUAAUGCAAACGCAAGAACUUGCCAGGGCUGUAACUCUCCUCUCUCAGAGAAAAACAUUUCAAGGUCUGUGCGUGUUAUAGUGUAAAGGUGUUAUAACAACACCCAAAGAUACUGUAAUUGUUUCACAGUAUGAAGAAGCCUUUGAAGAGAUAUAUCUCUACAUAAAGUUAAUGUCGGGUAGCAUCCCUGUAUCUGACAGAGAAUGGUUUCUCGCAGAUGCAUUAAAAAUGCAUAAACACGUUCUUGACAGCCAAACUGGGGCGAAACCCCAACAAGUAUAAAUUUUUUUCAAGGUUUGGAUAACCAUCAACUUUUUAUGUUGUCCUAUGCAUUUUAAAAUAUAUAUAUAUAUUAUUAAAAGUAUGGCAAUUUGACGUUAUUAAAUCAGAGUAUCACUCUUGAUAAAACCGAGAAUCAGAAACAACAAAGCAAUUUUUUUGUUUGAUUUUGUUUGACAUCUACCUUUUAGUUAAAGUCUCGCAACUGAAAACAACAAGAACAAAGUUUUCUUUGCCAUAAAUAAAACUGAAUAACAAGCCUUCAUGGUUUUCUCGUUUAGGAAAUAAAUCUUGAGACUUGAAUGGGAUUUAAAAUAAUUCGUUUAAUUUUUCGCGGCAAGGUUGACUGUUUUGCGGCAUGUUUAAAUUACAUUGCGGCACAAAGAAUGCCUAAAUUGACGAAACGCUUUGAAGCAUUUUGUUUACAUGACCUGCCGACCAAACACCUUGAUAUUAGAAUUUCCAUUCACCGCUAAAAAACCACUGGGAUUAUAGAUUCGCCGGAUUAAGGGCGGCCGCAUGGCAGCUUCUUACGUCAAUCUCGCGCGACUUCGUGGCUGAUAGUCGACCACGCAGCGGUUGCGGAAAAAUCUUCACUCUCAAAAAUUAUUUAGUAUAAUUAAGUUAAAAUUUAAAGAAAUCGCUUCUUUGUUUCACAUGGAGAAAAAAAGUGGAGUAAAGGAGUUUUCAACUUGUUUAAAAGGCUGAUUCAAUAUCUCCUGUAGGUAACUAGUAAUCCGGGUUCCGGAAUCCUGGGCUUCGAUAUCUGUAAUUCAGCUCAAGGAAUCCGAAAUCCAGCUAACGAUUGGAAUUUGGAAUCCAAGUUCUAAUGAUAAGGAAUCAGGAAUCCAGGGAUCAAUUUAAUAAAACUUCUACAAGUGUAAUUUACAAGUAUAGCCGUUAUUUUAGAGUCAGAAAACAAUAGGUACAAUCCUGGUCAAAACGUUUAGGACACUUAGUCCUUUACACAUGAUCCGUGCAUUCUCCAGUAAUCCCCCAUCCGCCCCUGAAUAGUGCUGGGUGUUAGAGGCCAAAAACGUUUAAAAAGUGUAUGAACUUUAACUUUGUUCAGGGCGGGGGGGGGGAACCUAGACAUAGCCGUAUUGACAACCGUAAAUUGACGGUCACUCUGCAAUUUCUUGCAAGAAAGGGGUGGGGUAAGGGAAUUGUCCUUAAUCCUUUUGGCCAGGAUUGUACACUUGUAAAAGUUCCAGUCCCCGGAAUCGUCAGCGUGAAAUUCAGAAUCCAAGACAGUCUUCGUUAACUGUUCUCACCACAUGGGGCGAAAGAAGACACAUCACCUGUUUUUCUUUGAUAUGUAGGCAGUCCUUGUAGUCCUCUUUCUGUUGGAAAGCAUGUAAUAGUUCAAGAUAGCUGUACUCAAGCACCAAGUCCCUCAGGAACUGUGUGCGACUUGUCCUGCCCGGAUAACUACACACUUAAUGGACCUCCAUUCCAACAAUGUGGCGGUCAGGGAGUCUGGUCACCACCAACUGUAGGACCAAUCAGCUGCCAAGGUAAUAAGACCGUAGCCAACCAAAGCGCAUGACAGAAUAUAGAAGGAGGGGAAGCGAAAGCAAAAAGCGUCCUGUUAAACCCAGUGUGGUAGAUAACGGGUGGAAAGUGAGAGAAAUGGUGCAAUAUAUUGCAAAAAUCAAAGGCCUCGAAAAAUAGUUUGGUUUGAAAGUUGGGUUUGUUUUUCACCAGACCAAAGAAAUGAUCAAACCAUUACUGUAACACAGCGGCAGAAUAAAGAUAAUCAGCGGACAUCGCAUUGUUUGACGAGCGUUAUAAAAGUCCUUUCUGCACGAGAUUUCAAAUGAGCUGUUUUAUUUAGAGGCUUAAAAACAUUUUACUAAUAUGUUUCAGUAAAACAUCUUACGAUAUACUUUUUCCUUAGAUAUUAAUGAGUGCAUGCACGAAAAUGGCGGUUGUAGCCACAAGUGUGUUAACGAUGAACCUGGGUAUCACUGCGCAUGCCCAGACCCUUUGGUUCUCUCCGAUGACCAACGCAACUGUAGAGGUUUGUGAUACGUAACGAAGAACGUGAACAUGGUUUUGUUAACUUGACUAGUAGUUAGACUUAAGGUUUGAAACCAAAAGAAUGAACAUUUCAGAUCUGUAUCUUGGCGCUAAAGGACCCCUAUGCAUUAGUUGCAUCCCUAUUAAACUGUACAAGAAAUUGUCGUGUCUAAGGAGUGAAUUAAGGACCAUCUAUCUUCGUAAGUCCUAGAUGUGCUUCCUUUGUUGCCAAAAGGUGCCUAAAAACUAAGAGAGAAGUCAACAAGGGCGGAUCCAAACAAUGCAUGAGGGGUGGCCGGGAAACGUGCCAGCUGUAUAGACACUUUUUAUUUUAAUGAGAAUUGUUUAAAGGGGGUGGGUCCUCGUGGCCCCACCCCUAAAUGCACCGAUGUUGAAGUAUUUUUGAAAACCUUCUCUUCACGCAGGGGAGAGAAAAGUGAUUAUUCAUCGUAAAUAUAAAUUAAUUCCCAGCUGUCCAUGUACAAAUCCUAAGCAGCGUAGUGAAGGGCCCAAUUCAUUAUCUGCACUUCGUAGUUAUUAACAAUACAUCUGUUUUGUCAUUCCUCAGCUGUUGGCCUGCUUCUAAACUGUAGCACCCAUGCUAUACAAGUUACUGUUCCCAAAACAGCUCUGCGCGACUUACAAGGCGAUUUCCUUAGUCUACUAGACCCCACCUGUAACGUAGUAGAGACACCUACUCACUACAUCUUUGACACUGCAUUGGACAAAUGCGGCACCAAACGCCGUAGUACGCCAAACUUCAUCGCUUACAGUAACAGAAUUGUGGAGAAGACAGCUUCACCUGGUAGUAUCAUCACACGCGUGGGAAAGGACGAAUUUGAUAUACCGUUCUGUUGUUACUACUUGAACAACGGUAUCACUUCCUCAGUUGGAAUAAAACCGGAAGUAAAACAGCUGUACCUAAACGAGAAAGGGUAAGUGGCGCAGUAUAUAUAACUGGGUCUUCCGUCUCUGUUGGAAUAAAACCGGAAGUGAGCAAAAUGUACCCAAACGAAAACGGACAAUCUAUUACCAGCAGUCUAUGUUUUAGCUUUAAGGAUUUUUCUUUCCCAUCUCUUUUCUCCAUGUUUAAGUGAUGUAUAAUCAUCGACGUAAGAGUUUGAACGUAAUUCAAGAUCUCCUGUCGUUCACCACCUUUUUUAGCAACGAAGUAGAUGGCUGACGCAUUUCAGAAAUCUUGAAAAUCCUCAAAGUGUACAGUCAUCCUUCUUUGAACAGAAGAUAUCUUGGGUGAAAUUUUUUUAGUCAAUUCGUUUCUAUAGCAAAAAAGAUACUUAGCAAUACAAAUUUGGAAGCGUCAAGGAAUAUUAAAAGGAAAGGGCCAUACUUCUGGUUGACGUGUGAAUGCGUCGCUCAAAAACGUUUUUGAUGAAGCUCCCUAAUGGCGUCUACCAGAAAAGCUUGAGUCUAGUACCCUUCAUUAUCGAUAAAAUUUUAACUCAAUCAGAAUCAAUUUUAUUUUUCGCAGUUACGGCCGUUUUUCAGUCCGUAUGGAUUUUUAUCACGAUCAGAACUACCAGAGUAAGUACUCGUGGGAUGAUUUCCCAGUUGAAGUGGCUUACCGUCAGAGGCUUUACUAUGAAGUGUCAAUUGCUACUUUGGAUCAAAGUUUGCAAGUCAUGGCGGCAAAUUGCUGCUCCACACCUACCGCUGACCACGAGAAAGAACAUAGGUUCAGGCAUGAACUGAUUCACGAAGGGUGCGUAAAGCUUUUGUUUUUGAUAAAAUUCAAAACAACUCAACAAAAAAAUAAGCAACAAGGGUCGUCAGGAGCCCAUAACCCUGGGGUCGUAAAAUUUGACAGACCGGUCAAUUUAUUUGGCUGCGACGUUUGUGGAAGAAAAGUGCUUUUAGAAUACCUUUGUUGGAUUGUCUUUUGAGAAACAUGUCAAAGUAUAUAACGAGUAUAAUUUUGACGUCACAUACGUAAGCAUGCGCAGUAGCAACGUACCUUGAUGACGUCAAGGCAGUUUACAUCCUCUUAGAGUAUAAAAUGAAAUCUUUGGAAAAUUUAUUUAUCCAUUAAAUAAUCAAUUUUCCUUCACUCUUUGUUUACAAUACCGGUCCCAGAAUUUAAUUGCAUCAUAGUGCUGGGUAUUUCCUCGUCCUUGUCAUAUGCGAAUUCCAAGAAAAUUCCCUUUCCGUUAAAGACACAAAGACAUUCACGCUUGAUGCUAGAAACAAAUAGAUUGAAAACCUUGACUUACACCUGACCUAGUCUGAAAUAUCCUGCGCCUCUUCCCCCCUACCCCCCACCCCACCCCCAACGGGCGUCUCUCUCGCCUUGCCGCCUGUUAAGGGAGGGGGGACGAUUUCAGACUGACAUUCUCUGACCAUUUCACCAGGUGUCCCACAGAUAGCACGGUCAGAAUGGAAGCAUCCUCGUCUCCGCAAACACAACGUUUCAGCGUAGAGGCCUUCAAAUUCGUCGGAGAUUUCCCUUUCGUGUAUCUUCACUGCAGUGUAGUGGUGUGUCGAGUAAACGAUACCAAUUCCCGCUGUUCCAAAGGAUGCAUUCCGGGAUUACACGUGAACCCGCCGUACAGUGUUAUGGAGAAGCUAAAGGAACAGUCGCAGCAAAGGUCAAAGCGCGAGGUGGGGGAUAACGACCCGAGCUAUAUGAUCUCUAAAGGCCCCUUCUCGUUGAAUGAGGACACCCUUUACGAUGGGCCUGUUAUUGACCUGAAGGGACCUCAACAAGAUCAGUCCAGGCUGGCGGAAAAUGGGGCGGAGAAAGAAAGAAAGGAAGAAGGUAAGAUUUGCCGGCUGAUUGGAGCUCACCGAGUAGAUGAAUGAAAUGAAAUGAAUGAAUGAAUGAAUGGACAGACGGACAGACGGACCGACGGACGGAUGGACGGAUGGACUAACUCCGCCACAUGUUUGUCAGGUCGCAUUCUUGCUCGCUAGACCGGCUGCUGUGAAAGAUUUCAUAAUUGAGCAGAACGAAUUGUCGGGAAAUGUUUUAAAACCGGUUGUAUAUCCCAGAAGGGAGGGGAUUAAUUUUGUUACAUGCGGCUUGAAACAACGUUUAACAAGGAUUACAUCCAGAAAAACAAACAAAUUCAUAAAAGUCUCCUUUGAAGAGGAAGAAGUAUUGUACCGCAACCUAACUCGCUUCGCUAGAAAGAAUUAUAUGCUGUUUUAAAAGACAGGUUUUACCUGUUAUCCCGCACUGACAGUUAUUAUGUUUUAUCUCCAGGGUGGAAUCCACGCGUGACAAACGCUCUCAUGGCGGUUAUUGCAGCGGCAAGCGUACUUGCUCUCGCGGGCGUGAUACACAUCACGCGUGUGGUGAAGCGUGGACGAGGAUACAAGAUGGUCAACCAGUGA